AUGCAGAGCUCGUGGAUACUUGCCAUCCGGUCUGUUCGACCAUCACGACGACUGGCCCCGACAUUGACCUUCCGCCCAACCUGCCUCUCCGCUCCCGCUUCCAGACGGUGCUUCCACAUCUCGUCACCGAGACCCCAGGACAUCAACCCCGCUAUCGAAGACAUGGCGCCAAAGGCCCCCAAGUUCGAGAUCAAGACCCCUAAGGGCACCAGAGACUGGUCCGGCGCGGACAUGGUCCUUAGGGAGAAGAUCUUCAACACCAUCACCAACGUCUUCAAGCGCCACGGCGGUGUAACAAUCGACACUCCUGUUUUUGAGUUGAAGGAGAUUCUUGCCGGGAAACCGCAUCCAACAGGGAAAUAUGGAGAGGAUAGCAAGCUCAUUUAUGACCUUGCCGAUCAGGGUGGCGAGCUCUGCAGUUUGAGAUACGACUUGACCGUCCCGUUCGCUCGGUUCCUGGCGAUGAACAAGGACAUUUCACAGAUCAAGCGUUAUCACAUUGCGAAGGUCUACCGAAGAGACCAGCCUGCGGUCAAGAAGGGCCGUAUGAGAGAGUUUUAUCAAUGCGAUUUCGAUAUUGCUGGACUCUACGACCCAAUGAUCCCAGACGCCGAGAUCAUCAGAAUCAUCAACGAAGUCUUCGAGGGCCUUGGCUGGCAAGGAAAGUACACCAUCAAGCUCAACUCACGCAAGAUUCUUGAUGGCAUCUUCCAGGUCUGUGGUGUUCCCGAGGCCUCCAUCCGCCCCAUCUCGUCCGCCGUCGACAAGCUUGACAAGAUGCCAUGGGAGGAUGUCCGCAAGGAGAUGGUCGAGGAGAAGGGACUUGCGCCAGAGAUUGCCGACAAGAUCGGAAAGUACGUCGUGCUCAAGGGCAAGCGGGACCUGCUCGAGCAGCUGCAAAAGGACGAGGAGCUGGCCGCCAACCCCUCGAUGCAACAAGGUUUCGCCGACAUGGAUCUCCUCUUCACCUACCUCGACGCCUUCAACGCCGGCCACAGUGUCUCGUUCGAUCUCUCACUAGCCAGGGGUCUGGACUACUACACUGGAGUUAUCUACGAGGUUGUCACCGAGGGGUCAGCCCCCAAGGUUUCUGCUGCGUCUGCUGAUGCCUCGGCGGAAAAGUCCAAGAAGAAGAAGGGCAAGGCUGGGGAAGAUGAGGAUCGCUCUGAUGACCCGACAGUAGGCAUUGGCUCCGUCGCUGCUGGUGGAAGAUACGACAACCUCGUUGGCAUGUUCUCUGGCAAAACCCAGGUCCCUUGCGUGGGUAUCAGCUUCGGUAUCGACCGUAUCUUCUCCAUCAUGAGGGCGAACCAGGCCAAGAAGGAGAGGAAAAACGAGGUUGAUGUCUUCGUCAUGGCCUUUGGUGGCGGCAAGGACUUUACUGGUUUACUGAAGGAGAGAAGUGAGAUUGCGGCCCGUUUGUGGGACGCUAACAUCAAGGCCGAGUUCCUCUACAAGGUCAAGCCUAAGCUCCAAAACCAGUUCAAGGCUGCCGAGGCGAAUGGUGUGCCGUUUGCGCUUAUUCUGGGAGAGGACGAGCUGGCUCAGGGCAAGAUCAAGAUCAAGGAGAUGGGUCUGCCGGAGGAUCACCCGCUGAAGGAGGGAGAGCUGAUUGAUUUGAAGAACUUGACCAAGGAGGUGCAGGUGAGGAUUGAGAGGAAGAAGCAGCUGGAUGCUAUUGUUGCGCAGGCGGAGGGGUUGAGAGUUGUGGGGGGGAUCAAGGGGGAGGAUGUGAAGGUUGAGGCAGCUUGGCUAAGGAGGGAGAGGGGGGGGAGGGAGGUUAAGGCCGAGAACUAA